UGGUGUAUCGGUUAAUAGCGGGAAACGUUCGCUUUGUAUUGGAACAAAACACGGAGUGCAGUUUCUGCAAAAUAAUUAAUAUUCUACUAAUCAUUAUUUCUCUUAAUGUCGAAGCAAAGUAUAAACUUCAUUUCAGAAGAAAUACGGUGAAAUCCAUCGAAUGUUGUUCUUUUUCUAGCGGACUAAAAUAUUAAAACUUAAUCUUCUCAAUAAAUCUGUUUUUUCUUCUUUACUUUUCGUACAGUUAUAUCGAUAAAAAAAAGAGUACACCGUAUUUUCAUUCAAUUUUUUAUUUAUUUUUAUUACUACAUAUAUAUUCCGUUUUUUUUUCUUUUUUUUUUUUUUUGAAAAUAUCUACGAUUUGUUUCACCGUGCGGCGCGGUGCGGGGCCGCUUCGAAGAGAAGAGGACUUCAAGCUGUUCCAUCGGGAGUGAGCGAGCGAGCGAGACGGGUCGUCCCACGACGGGGCGGCUCGUGGUGGGGUGUCAGCCGCGGCUUAUCUGGCGACUUUAUGUAUAUUACGAUGCCCAAGGCAGGAACACGAGCAGUUCACUGCUGGCUAACUGGUCGGAGAAGUCGGCAAAGCUGAGUCUGAGCGCGACGGCCCGGUUCAUCGAGAGAAACGUGUUCGAGAGCUAACGACACUGAAUUAAGACUUCUGACACACGUACGCGCACAUAUAUACUACAAAUACACUGAUAUCGAUAUAUAAAUAUAUACACAGACGUACAGAUAUACAUAUAUAUACAUUGUAUAUAUUUAUGUAAACGUAUAUACAUACAUAAAAAAGAGAGAAACAUCAACCGUUGGCGAACCAACCGAAUAAUUACGGAUACAUACGCGCGUGCAUACCGGUCAGGUGCGCGAAAACAUAACCGUAGUGGAAGCUCGGGGCGGUCCAGAGUUUGGCAAACUGAUCGAGCCGUUAUCGGUACUUCUCAGUGAUCACUACGAUCCAGGAUGAUCGUCCUCGCGUGGUCCUUGUUUGUGCUGGUUUCGUUACUCGUCGCCACCAAUCAGGCGUUUCUCGCUGCUCCCGUAUCAGUUCACGGAGCGCCGAGUUACGAUGUCACUAGCGUUCAGUCACGAUUGGAGACCAACGAGGUGAUUCAUAAAGUUAAUAACAACCACCAACAGCCGGUCGAUUUGAGAAACGAUGAUGGUGACGAUGGGCAAACGCUCUAUGUGAUCGAGUUCGAGUCUGAAUCGAACGAGAAAGAAGAAAGGAAUAAAGGGAAAGACCCGUCUCUCGGCGGAUUUCUUUUUGUUUCAGUGGACAAUGACGGUCAAACUCCUCUAGACCCAUGGUCGAUCGUGUGGUACAUCGGAUCCUUCGGAGGUUUAGUCGCCUUUUUCCUAAUCGUCAGUUGUUCAGAAUGGUGUUGUCGUCGUGGUGGACGACCGUUAACAGUCCCCUAUGCUCAACGAGCUGAAGCAAUAAACGGACCUGUAGUAACAGAAACACCGCCUCCGCCGUAUCAUUUAUUCGCACCACCGCCAUACGAUUCCGUAAAUUACGGUGAAAUCGUGGACAAAACAGCCGGAGAAAAAUUGGACAUCUACGUGAUAUCCGUGCCGAUUCAUAGACCCGUGGUCGAGGCUCCAGCCUAAGGUUUUCCCAAAGAGUUCCUCGAACAGAGGAUUGCGACCGAAUCAAGAUCGAAACGACAAAGAAGAAGAAGAAAAAGAUAUAGUGUAUUGUGUCGCUUCUGAAGGAUUUGUCGAAGCUUCCUCGUUGGUAUUCCCCUUUAACCGGGGACAUUUUGACAAUCGUCUGCUGAUCCAUGUGCAGGGUUCGUUGAAAACGAGCUGUGGAUCAAGAAAGAAUGUAUGACGAGCUUAAUGAAUGUGUAACGUGUUGGUUGAACUUUGAGAACGUUUUAAGUAUCGUGAACACUCGAAAGGACGAAUAAAACUCUUGCUCAUGACGAAGAUAAGCUUGACAAACAUGUUGCUCGGAUCCUGCAGAUAUUUUAAUAGUUGAUAGUUGAAUAGUUAAAUAGUUGAAAGGACAAACAAGAUAUCUGUUCGUGAUAGAGAAAAUACUCUUCAUAAGACAUGUUGUUUGAAUUUUGUGUAACUUUACUUGAGGAUAAUUUGAAUAUACGUAUGAUGAGUCUUUGAAAGGACGAAGAAGAUUCUUGUUCAUGGUAGAAGGAACAAACAAUCUUCUCGAAUUAUUAAUUGCAUCUAGGAACAAGAAAGCACGAGAAGAAGCUUCGAAUCUCUACGACGCUCGACGAAAAUCGAGUUCAUAAGAAAUCCCCGAGAGGGAAAAUUUCAACGCAUUGUUAACGAAUAUUUAAAGAGAAACUCUCUAUCUUUGUGAGUGUGGGCGAAGAAAAACGAAGUCGAUGAACAAUUAAUUAAAGCAAUUAAUAGGGACUUAAAGAUACCAGCGAGGGAGAAAAGCAAAAACGAUUAUGAGAAAUCUCAUCGUACACUCCGAUGUAGGUCCAACUGAGAAGCAAUGUUCUCUGUGAUGAAGUUCGUGAAGCGAACUGAAAUUAGAACUAGAGACAAUCUUUUCGCGUGUGCUUUUAAAGUAAACCCGUUGUACGGGUGCCAAUCAAGGAACUUUACUUUCUCCUUUCUUUAAGUCGAGUGAAAGAUUAACAAGAUGCAAAUAACGUGUAAAUCAAAGCUCGAUCUCUUUCGAGGGACGAGCAAAGAAUUAGAAUGAAUCGCGUGUUUCCAUUAAGUGCUUUUAACACUUUAAACGAAUUAUUUAUCCAAUCACUGCCUGAUCAGGUGAAUAAUUGAAAUUUGAUAAUCCUUCUAAUCCUUCCAGCUUAUUAACCCGUGUAUACGUUGAUUUUUGCGCUCGACUCGUCCUAACUAGUUGAAAGAAGAAAGAAACUGCCAUAUUUUCGUACACUGUGCUCGUUAUUCGUUAUCCCUCGAGAUCUACAACGCCAUUUUUAACCCUGCUGCGUCCUUUCUUCGACUCACUCGUGAUUUCUUUAGAAUAAACAAUUUUUUAAAUAUAGAAAAUUUCUCAAAGUUAUAAUAAAAUAUAAAGGAGUCGUUAUUGAUAUGCAUAAUUUCUAUUUUUAAUUUAAUGUCAGAAUCUUUUUUAAGGUAUUAACCUGUUAAUAGGGGGAAAUGAAUCAUUUACAUAAUAAUCUCUUAUUUAGUAAUUCUAUAUUUGUUUAGGUAUAAUUUCAUGUUUGCUACAAAUAAAUUAUAUGUAUAAGAAUUGCGCGAAGAAAGCAUGAUAGAUCGAUUUUUGUUAAUUUUCUAAUCUCUUAUAAUAGUUAUAAAAAUUUCUGGCUGAAGUGCAACCAGGUUAACAAGUUAAAAGUGAGGUUUAUUUAACGAAACAGGAGUAAUAUUGGAAUAUGCAAACUCUGUGAUCGCAGCAGGGUUAAGGAACUACAAAAGCAACGCACAAAGACAAGUUCAAAUGACGAAGUUGGUCGUUUUCUUCGCGCUCCUACGGCGUCACUUUUAUUUUUGCAUCAUUCAAACUCGACCGAAAAAUCAAUCAGAUCACCCGCGAUGAAGUAAUUAAAUUGGCAUUUAAUUCAUAGGUUGAAAUAAUUGCAAGAUCAUACAGAGAAAUUCAAAAACUUGUCUAAUAUAUUGUACGAUUUGGAAAUUAAACGAAAAUAUUUGGGAUUAUUUAUGUUUAUUUUCGAAUUAUUAAAGUACACAUGGUCUUUUGAUUAUUCUCAAUAACGUGAUCUACAAUAGGCACUUUUCUUAAUCCUACUAUGUUCUUUGGAUUAUUUUUAAGUAAAUCAUUCUUUUCUAUUGUUAAAAGAUUUUUUAUUUUUGAUAAUAAGUAUAAAAGAAUCGGUAGAGAUUUUUCUUAAAAUAUUAAAAAUCUUUUUAUUUGUCGAAAUAAAUGAUAUAAAAAUGUGAAAAUCAUUCAAAUCAAUCAGCAGGGUUAAGUCAGGUCUUUUUUUAAAUAUAAUUUUACUACGUAUUGCGAAAAUAUCCAAAUGCUUGCAAUCGACAUAUACGUUGAAAAUAUUUCAAGAAAAUUUAAAAGACAAACCGAUAACUAUUUCUAACUUCAUUACAGAAUCAUGUAAAUUAUAUCGACAUAGAAUACUUCAUAACGACUACCAUGUCUUAUCUAGCAUCUCCUUAUUUUUCAAAACAUGUCGAAAUAUUCGAAGUUCGCCGUGUCUUCUUUUUACCUUUCGAUCAAAGUUAAAUUAUACAGACUGUUACAAGACAAUGAUUAAAUAUUUUAAAUUGAAUGAAAACAAACAGAUAUUACAAUUACAAUGGAUGAUACAAGGAGAAUGAUAAAAGAUCAGUCUUCUUCAGUUUCGAAAUGAUACAUAGAACAUUUUAAGUUAAAUUAAGCUUGAAUCGAAAAAAAUUACAAUCAAAUAUGGAUAGAUGCUUCCUUUAAAAGCAGGAAAAAAGAUAUGAUGGUUGAAAUGUUCGGUUGCAAGCGUUCCGCUAAUUACACCGUAUCUCUAAUCAGAGCCAAUUACAACUGCGAUUCUUUAUAUUUUUUUCUCGUUUUAACGGUAACUCAACUCUUCUUCCGGGUUGUGUAUGUGUACAAGCGUUGCAUAAGAGGGCGCGCGUGUAACUCGCCUCGCAACCUGAAUGAUCUAUCAACGGGACACGUGUGCGAGAAGUUCGAAUAAUUUCUAAUAUUGCUACACGCGAUUGACCUCAAUCGCGAUCGUUACAAGUCCGACAAUUGCAGACGAUCAUAUACAUAGAUUACGAGUUGACUGCCAUAAAAAGAAUUUAACCGAAGGGGGUCACGAAAACAGUUCGUGAAAUAUUCAUGCGAUUAUGUCUCGAGGGAAGGACGAUCCUUGUACAUGAAAGCGUUUAAAUACUUGCAGAAACAUUUUAUAAAUAUAUGUUAUACGAAACAUUUGAAAAUGUCAUUAACACUGUAACAAGAGCCAACUAUUAUGAUUAUAUUGGUAAACUGAAAUAGAUCUAAAAAUAUAUGUAUAUGUGUGGAAGUAAUAGAUAGGAUAGAUAUAUAAAGUGUGUAAAAAUGGCAAAAAAAAACAUGUUAUUAUAUUAUUAUAUUACACAAUACAUCUCAAUGUUCAAUAAUAGAUAAAGCAUCUUUAGCACUUAUUAUAUAUUCAAGGUAGCUAUUCCAGAUAAGAUAUACUAAUUUUUUAUUAAAUAUAUGUUUGCAAUAAAUGAGCCAUUCAGAAACCACAAUUUCAUAAACCAAUUAAUUUCAUAAAUUGAAGAAUACAGAGAGGUGAUGAUAUUACAAAUAUACUUUUAGAUUUACCAUUAUAUGUACAUAUCUUUUCUUGCGAUGAAGAAAUUUAUAGAAGUAAGUGCACUUACAUAAUGAAAUUGAGAAAUUAAUAGAAAAUGGAAUUCAUCAGUUUGGUUUGUAAGAGGAUCAGAUAUCUUAUAACUUCUAUACGUAUUUUUUAGAUUUGUUUCAAACUUAACCAAUACAUUGAUACUAGCCAGGUCUUAUUGCAAUGCUGGUGAGAUAUCAAAAUAUUUCAUGUAACACAUAUAAUAUGUACAUAAAAUGCUUUUACAAGUGUUAUUGACAAUACUUUCGUGAGCAACUUCCUCGGGAAAAAUAUUUUUAGUCUUCUCAUUUUGACGCGUAGAGCGCCUUUAUAAGAAAACAAAGUUUAAUAUUUAAAAUGUUAAAUGUUUUGUUAGAAAAAUAAGUAUUAGAUAUCUUAGAUAUUAUAAGUUCGAAAUACAGAAAAUGUGAAAAAUACUCGAAACGGAAAAUUAGGGUAUUACAUGCGAGGAAGCCACGUAUUGCGGAAUCUAGUUUUAUUUAUGACAAUGUUGUCGCAUUGAUCUCCGCCAUUUAGCUUUAACCGGUCGAUUAAUUGUUCAAAUAAAAGCAGAAGAUAGGGAGAAUUUGUGUAUGAAUGAGUGGGAGGGUGUUAGAGAAAUUUAUCGUACGAUUACGUACAAUGUCAAUUAUUAUUAUUAUCGUUAUUAUCACUAGUAAUGUUAUUAUCAUUGAAUUCGUAAUCGCGUUUCCGAUUGCGAUUGGAGCACAUUACGAUGAACUUGCUCUCAUUAAGGCAUGCAAAAUCGCAGCGCUGUCACUAUUUAUUUUUUAUACUUUUAUACAUACUGUUUAUACGUAUUCCAACAUCUCUAUGUUAUCAAUAAAAAUUUCUUUUCUCCAA